ACCAUCUCUCACAACCAAAAUCAAAAUCUUGUCUCAUUCAUCAAAAAUAUAAGAAAGAAAUGAAGACUUGCAUCAGCUUUUUCUUAAUAUUGUUCUUAGUUGUGGUUUCAGCGAAAGAGUAUGAUGGAGUUGAUGAUGAUGAUGAGCAGAGCUUCCCUGGAAAUUCUAUUACCACCUUUAGAGAUAUACCAGAUUACUCGGACUUCGAGGAUGAUCUAACCUUUUCAUACUACCACAAGAGCUGUCCUGAUGCCGAAGCCAUUAUCCAGAGGAAGGUUGAUGAAUGGAUUAAGAAGGACGACACUCUUGCUCCUAGUCUUAUAAGGUUGCAGUACCACGACUGCGUUGUUCGGGGAUGUGAUGCCUCAAUACUUUUGGACUAUGAAGGAAGUGAAAGGAAUGCGAAUCAGAGCAAAUCCUUGAGAGGCUUCGAAGUUAUUGAUGACAUAAAAGCCGAAUUGGAGAAGAAGUGCCCGAAGACAGUGUCAUGUUCAGAUAUUCUAGUUGGUGCAGUUAGAGAUGCUGUUAGAAUAGUUGGAGGUCCUUUCUACAUGGUUCCUUAUGGCAGAAAAGAUGGACGCGUUUCUAAGGCCAAAGAGGCCGAAUCUCUCCCCACUGGCCGCGAAAAAAUUACUGAUCUUGUUGAGUUUUUCCAGUCCAUAGGGCUCAAUAUACUCGAUCUGGUUGUCCUCUCAGGAGCGCACACAAUUGGAAGGACUUCAUGUGGCUCAGUGCAAGAAAGGCUGUACAACUUCAAUGGAACAGUGGGACGAUCCGAUCCCUCUAUCGAUCCUAAAUACUUGAACUUCUUGAAAAGAAAAUGCAGAUGGGCUUCAGAGUUUGUGGAUUUUGAUGGCAUAACACCCAAGAACUUCAACAAUGAAUACUACAAAAAUCUGCAGAAAAACAUGGGACUUUUGUCAACAGACCAAAUGCUUAACACAGACUCCAGGACUUCAGUUUUGGUCAGUGCCUUGGCUUCUCAGCCUGAGGUUUUUACCUCUCAGUUUGCUGCUUCUAUGGUUAAGCUUGGAAAGAUUCAAGACCCUUCUUCAGAGGGUAAUGGAGAGAUUCGUCUCAAUUGCAAUUACAUCAAUGCUUAAUUUAUUUUUGACUGUAAGUGAUCCAAGAACAAUCUAAGUGAAGGAGCUUUUAUUUGGCCUUUUUCCCAUGAAAUUUUGAAUCAGAUGAAUGUUUCAUAUGUGUAA